AUGGUUGCGAUCACCACGUGUCGCGCCGCCGCCGCCGCGACGACCCUCAGGGCCGUCAUACUGGGCGCGCCGGCGUCCGGCAAGGGCACCGUCUCCUCCAGGAUCGUCCAGCAGUUCGGCGUUGCGCACAUCUCCAGCGGCGACAGGCUGCGCUUCCACGUGUCCGCCGGCACUGAUCUGGGCAAGGAGGUAAAGAGGUACAUGGACAGCGGUAGCUUCGUGCCGGACGACACGAUGAUAUCUCUUAUCGGAGACGAGAUCAGGUCGAUGGCGGGUCGGAAUUGGCUGCUGGACGGAUUCCCGCGGACAUUGACGCAGGCGGAGCGAUUGCAGAGGCUGCACCCGAUCAAUCUCGUGCUGAAUCUCGUGGUGCCGACCGCCGUCAUUCUGGACCGCGUCAAGAGCCGAUGGGUCCAUCUGCCCAGCGGUAGGGUCUACAAUAUCGGCUUCAAUGAUCCACGAGUGCCGGGCAAAGAUGAUGUAACGGGCGAACCGUUGUGCCAGAGGGAGGAUGACAAGCCGGAAGUUGUACAGAAGAGGCUGCAGGACUACGCGACGAAGACCGAGCCAGUCGUGCAGUUUUAUCGUGAGAUUGGCAUACUGAGGGAGUUUCGCGGCAACGCCACUAACGAAAUGUGGCCGGCGAUCAGGAAUUGCGUAGCACAAUAUUGCUGAGCUUUAGAGAUUAAAUUUUUAGAUAAAUUUUCUAUUUAAAUAUGUCGGACGGUCGCGCAGGCCAUUCUGAUCCUUAAAUAGGUCUAUUUAGAUCUGUUUAGAUUUCUCCAAUUCUUCGUUUCUUAGAUCUCUCUAAAGAAAACAGAUUUUUGAAUAUUUUGGACCUAAUUCUUAUAUUCUAUUUGCCUAAAAAUUAAAUUAGAUUAGAGAAGCUUAGAUUAGAUAAAAUCUCACGCGCCUAAGAAUAAUUUUCAUAUUCUUUUAUGAAAUAAUUAAAACGGACAAUCUAUUUAGAUCUAUUUGAGAUUUGCAAUUCGCGCUCCCCACACGCGAUCUCGAGUAACAGAUGGGAAUAUCACGCUCUCCUCCGGCAACAAGUGUUUUUUACUUCGCAACAACGACAGACAGAACGCGUACUAUAGCAUAUCCGCGCGACGUUCUCUCAUGCACGCACGAACGCACACAAGUGUGACUGGCAUUAGGUUGUAAAUACGCGAUGUCGUGCCGACAAUAAUAGGCUUGUAGAUGUUUCCGAAUGAAGAACGCCUAGGUAAUACAACGAGAUUUCGCGGUAACUCAAUGAUAUUGAUAUCGUUGCGAGUUAUCUUUUGUUUCGCAACUAGCACUUGCAUGACAAACCGCUGCUUGUGGCCGAAGGUUCAAAGUAUAUAGUACAAAGCAGGAAUUAUUGUUCGAAUAAUCGGCGAUACAUUCUAGGAUGACGUAAUCGUCAUAUAUUUCUCAAUUUAUUUCGAGCGUAUAGCGUUACAGCUGUAAGAGAGAUAUAUAACAACGUUCAAUAUUGUGUACAUAUUCAACAGUAUAAGUACAAUAUACGCAUAUACAUAUGCAUAUACAUGCA